GGGGUUCUCCGGAGCCGCUAGUUGCCGAACGCCGCAUCAGCCUAUCAGUUGGUCGAAUGGUCCACCAGGCUGGCAAUUUUAACAAUUUUGUUCAUAUCGUUAAAUCGAAUUCAUCAAAUAGAUGUCUAUCAUUUUUAAUUUCUCUUAUGGAAGCAGCUAAACCUCAAGACUGAGGGACGGUUUCAGUUUCGAUAUCCCUUUCAUCCGUAACCAGCAUUCCUGGUACAGGCCAGACGUAUCUGUAACCAGCAUUCCUGGUACAGGCCAGACUAUCGGCAUCAGUAAUGUUUCCAGUUAAGGAGGUAAGAGCAGAUUUAUUUCUUAGCUACUGUCAAGUCUAUUUUAUUUUUCUUACAACGUUUAGUUUUUAUACACGAACAAUUUAUAUUCUAAACCUCGUCAGAAUAAGGUGACAACGCAGACCCGGUAAUAAUGUAGGUUCAAAUUUCAAACGACUCUCAGGGUUAUACGCAGCCAAUUUCAAAUAGGUACAUCUGUUUGUACUCUAUUUUUUUUUUAAUUGUUUGUGUUUACGGUUGCUUAAUGACGGUCGGUAUUUAGCGCUUGUUAGUCUGGGAAACAUAUUAUUGGUGUAAGCUUAUUGAAUAUUUAAUUUAUAACUUAAAGUUUUAUAUUGCUUGCAAUGUCUGUUUAAAUUGUUCUUAAAUAUCAGACAUUCAAUUGUUCUUAAAUAUCAGACAAUCUUAAUCACGUCAUCGUCCAACAUGCCCAGCUAAAUGACGACCCAUUGAUCUAUCCACUCACUGUUACUAAUACAUAAUUCAUUUUGAAACCCAUUAAUCCACCCACCUAUCUCUUUAUUCGUCCACAUAAUAAUCCAUUUACCCCCAACUAGCAUUCAACCCACCCAUCAUUCCAACGAGCCACCCAUCAUUCCAACGAGCCACCCAUCAUUCCAACGAGCCACCCAUCAACCCACCCAUCAAUCCAACGAGCCACCCAUCAUUCCAACGAGCCACCCAUCAAUCCGCCUAUUAUUCCACACACUCACACAACCAUCCAACCAGCACUCAACCUAUUCAUACACACAGCCAUCUGCUCACUUGGAAUGAACAAUUCAUUAGGAAUGCGGCCUAUUGGAAAGGUAAGGGGAUAAGAAAGCUUAGUUACAACACCCCAUAAGUUAGUUACAAUACCAUUAUAAAAAUGAUUAUAAAAAUGAUUAUAGGUUUAUUGCAAUAGCUUUAUUCUAGGGUCAGAUUUCCCUGUAGCGGGGUGACUGAAAGUCUGGACCACGGGCCAAAUCUGGCCCGCGAUGUCAUUCCGAAAAUGUGAAAAAUUUGUAAAGUGGCUCUAUGUGUUUAGAAGUUUGCAAACGUGUGAUCAAAUUCUUCCUGUAGCUUUUCAAUGUCAAUUUAAUUACUAAUGAAGGGUGUGCCCGAGCACAUGAGUAGUUUGACAUGUUGGGAAAUGGGAGAGGUUUCUCUAAUAAUCAUAACACAAUUUUUGUGCAGAAUGCCCUGACAUUGUCAUAGGCAACACUGAAAAGCUGCUCCUGGUCUUGUUACUUCUUGUUGAGUACAUUCAACUCCUUUGUAAUGUCAACAAGACAAGCUAAGUCCAUGAACCAUUUAGGAUCACUUAGUACAGGAACAACCACCCCAUCCUACCCAUCCUUCUCCAUGAAGGCUUUGAAGGCUAAACCGUGUUCAAACAGUAGGCAGUAGCAGGCAAUAUUUAUUAAUUAUUUAUGAGAAAGAGGAUGCUAUUGUAGGGAUUUUUUUAUGGUAGAAAAAACCUUUUUGACUAACCCUAUUUUGAAAGUGACCAAGCUGACAGGUUCGGAAUUUCCCUCACUCGUGAACAUUAGCGGCAUUUUAAAAGUGAUUCUUUGAUGCUGUGUCCGAUUGCUACAAAUGACACAAUUAUGGUUGUGCAUUACCCACUAAAUGACUUUUUAAGCUUUUCUCAAAACCGCACUUUGGCCAAGUUUGUUUCAUAAAAUGCUAUAAAAUAAAGAUAAAACUUUUAGUCCAAUUUUAAAACGGUUCUUACCAUUUUAAUGAACGUCCAAAUCUAUACAAACAUAAUAAACAUCAGAGUUAGACCGGUCGGUGAGAUUCGACUGAUACCAUCGCGAGGGUCACAUUAUAGAUAUAACAAUGGGGAAAACGCGCGGGCCACACUAACACUAAACUUUGCUGUCAGGUAUCGGGCCACAAAAUAUCGUCUUGCGGGCCGCGAGUUUAAAACCCCUGCAAUAGACGGACCAUUUUAUUUUUAGUCAUCGAACACGUGCUUCUCAUAGUAUUCUUCUAUUUAAAAUGGUUAACUAGCAAUUAAAAGCUAGAAAAACUACAUUAAAAUAAUUAUUGAGUUUAUUUUUUUUUUAAAUUGUACAAUUUACUUCCCCCUAAAUCUGGUGAUAAGAGAACUGUACAGAAAAAAAUUCCUAGACAUUACGGUAUUAGGGUUAGGCUAGACAUUACGGUAUUAAGGUUAGGCUAGACAUUACGGUAUUAUGGUUAGGCUAGACAUUACGGUAUUAGGGUUAGGCUAGACAUUACGGUAUUAGGGUUAGGCUAGACAUUACGGUAUUAGGGUUAGGCUAGACAUUACGGUAUUAGGGUUAGGCUAGACAUUACGGUAUUAGGGUUAGGCUAGACAUUACGGUAUUAGGGUUAGGCUAGACAUUACGGUAUUAGGGUUAGGCUAGACAUUACGGUAUUAGGGUUAGGCUAGACAUUACGGUAUUAGGGUUAGGCUAGACAUUACGGUAUUAGGGUUAGGCUAGACAUUACGGUAUNCCCCCACAAAAAAAAAAGAAUUAUAAUAUAAAUAAAUAUAUAAAUACAUUUGACUUUGUGAUGAUCUAUUUAAAUGACACAUACAACUGUAGGGAAAUCAUUUUAUUAAAUAGUUUUUACACUUACAUUUUAUAAUGCAGAAUCAUUUAAAAGGUUUUUAAGGACUAAAUAUCAUUGUUUGUGAAGUAUAUAUAUGAUUAUUGUCAGUAUAUCUGACUGUUGUGAACUAGUUUGUUGUGAAUGUUGGGUAGGGGGAGUCGUGAAUCGUGUUUUGUGAGUUGUUGAUCGUGAGGUCAGAGCGUGAAGUUAGUCCGUGGUGUGGUACGUUAGCGUAGGCUGAGUUGGUGGUGUGGUAUUAUAAAAGGGUUGUGUGUUAGCUAGAGGUCAGAGAAGAAAGCUAGAAGAGCAAGAGAAUUGUUAGUCGUCGAAAGUUAUCAGUUAAGAGUUAGUCAGUAGCGAUAGGAGCGAGUGGAUAAUUGGUAGUUGGACUGAUGUGUGUUCCACGCGCCAUAACGUAUAUUGUCAAUUGAAUAGCUGUAUCCUGUUUUGUGAAAUAAUAAUAAAAUAUUAUAUAUUGUUGCACUGGACCUUGUGUUUUAUUUGAGAGAUUCAUACACCCUAGACAACGCAAGAGGGCCGUAACAUUUCAAGUAUAACAAAAGUCGUAACACUGACAAUUAUAGUAAUAGUUUCUAGCUGCUAUCAUCUUCCCAUGGAGUUAUAGCCAGGUGUUGCUGUAUCGUAAAAAUGGGCAUCAGUGACAUCAUUUGGGUGGGGGGGGGGGCACUAGUCCCCCCCCCCCCCCCCCCCCCCCCGAAUUUGCAGGUUUUUAUUUAAACUGCUAUGUAUUGUAGCGCCUCCAGUAAUAAACAACUUACCAAGCCGACCAAGUUUUGGUUUUGCCCCCUCCCCUCCCUUCCCCUGAAAAAAACCUAAAAUGACGCCCCUAUUGGGCAUAGAUAGUGUAUAGUAGUUGAUUUAUCAUUUUCACUUUGUGGAACUGAUAUACCUGACAAGUCAACAUCAUCCAUAUCUAACUAUUCAGCAUUUAAAAUCGAAGUCGGUGUGAGCGAUCAUUGCCAUAAGCUCUCUCAUUGUCGGUGUGAGCAAUAGUUGCCAUAAGCUCUCUCAUUGUCGGUGUGAGCAAUAGUUGCCAUAAGCUCUCUCUCUCUCUCUCUCUCUCUCUCUCUCUCUCUCUCUCUCUCUUUGUCUUAGAGUUUGUGAUAGUUUUUAUUGAACACCGAUGAUGUUUUUUUUUUUUUGUUUUUAUUGUAAAAUUGAACACCGUGUACAAUGAUGUAUUAAUCAUUUUAGGGAGCAGAUUAAGAGAAAAAUGAAAGGUGAAGAGAUGCCAACUUUUGACUUCUCUUGCACUAACAAAGUGUGCUAAAAUUCUUAUCAGACAUCUGCAAUGCACAGACAGAAAUAUUAAAUAACUCUUAUAUCGCGAAAAGCCUAAACACUUAUUAAAUUGUUUAAAAUAAUUUAAGUACAAGUCAAUUUUUAAGAUUAACAUUCUAAUAGAAAAAAAACAUGAUUGUUGACUUCAACUAAUCUAAACUCCCCCCCCCUCCUGCCCCUUGUCAACAACAGUCAAACAUUUCCAAACCCCCCGCCCCCCCCCCCCCCCUAUUUUGUUGACGUAAUUAAUGGACGCCCCCUUACUAUUGUGGUACGAAAUUUCAUUUUUAAAUGUUUAAAUACGAAGGGAGAAGACAUCUGAAACGUGGAAAGCCGUUGCGCAAUAAAAGGGAAAACAUGAUAUUAUAGCACUGAGGCCAAAUGCACUCGAUAAGCAACAGUAGCGUUCAACAAUUUUUUUUUUUAAUAUUCUGAUUGGCUUAUUGAGACCGAGACAGACCGUCGUUCUUUUUCGAUUAAGUACGGUACGGUGUUAACACAAAAAGUGCGGUAACUUUGGAUUUUUAAAAGUUACAAAAUGCUAAAUGCUAACAUUGAAGGUGAAUUGGUUCCACGUUUUAUUUCAUCUUCUUUAUUAUUUUCACCGUAUUACAUGUUCGAUGCUUUAGCCCAAUGGACUCAAGGGCCCCCAGCCAGGGCGUACUACAAUCCCUUUCUAUGGACAUAGCGAGCUAUAAGUUCUUAUGAUGACUAUACCCAGAGCUUCAUACGUUACAUCGUGAUAGCAGACGAUACCUUAUGUUAGCAGACGGUAGCACAUGUUAGCAAAAGAUACCUCAAGUUAGCAGACGAUACCUCAAGUUAGCUGACGAUACAACAUGUUAGCAGACGAUACCUCAAGUUAGCAGAAGAUACCUCAAGUUAGCAGAAGAUACCACAUGUUAGCAGACGAUACCUCAAGUUAGCAGACGAUACCUCAUGUUAGCAGACGAUAACACAUGUUAGGAGUAUUAGGAGACGAUACCUCAAGCUAGCAUACGAUACCAUAUGUCGCAUACUUCUUUUUUCUUUUAUCGUUCUUCUACUCGCCAUUAAGCGUCCAAUUUAAAUAUUCCACAGAAAUCAUCCACAGAACUCAUCCACAGAAAUAAUGCCCAGAACUCGUCCACAUUAAUCAUCCACAUAAGUCAUCCAAAUAUAUAUUAUAAACAGAAUACAUCCACAGAAAUCAUCCACAGAACUCAUCCACAGAAAUAAUCCCCAGAACUCGUCCACAUUAAUCAUCCACAUAAGUCAUCCAAAUAUAUAUUAUAAACAGAAUACAUCCACAGAAAUCAUCCACAGAACUCAUCUACAUAACUCAUCAAUAGAGCUCAUCAACAGAACAUAUCCUUAGAACACACCUACAUAUAACAUCCGCAUAACACAUCGACAGAACUCACCCACAUAACUUAUCCACUGAACACAUCCACAAAGAACUCAUCCUUAGAACUCAUCCACAUGACUCAUCAACACAACUCAUCCACCGAACUCAUUUACAGAACAAAUCCACUUGACUCAUCCACAUGACUCAUCCACAGAACAUAUCCACAGUACUCAUCCACAGAGCACAUCCACAGAACUCACACACAGAACACAUCCACAGAACUCAGCCACAGAACACAUCCACAGAACUCAUUUACAUGAAUCAUCCACAUGACUCAUCCACAGAACUCAUCCACAGAUAUCAUCCACGGAAGUCAAUCCCCAAAUGGCCAUCAAACGAGAAGUUGCCUACGGCAUCGUCCAAGGCAUCAGUGAUCUGUGGCAAGACGAAGAACUUCGAGACUUUACUAUUGAGAUUGGACACACCAAGUUUAGCUGUCACAGGUUCAUACUCGGGGCUUGUUCUGGGUUUUUCCGUGGACUUUUCAGGUCCGGGAUGAAAGAAAGCGAUGCACAGAAUAUAACCUUACAGAAUAUUUCCAGUGACACUUUCAAGUUGGUUUUAGAAGCUUUGUACACAGGUCACGGCGUUCUGACAAAUGACAAUGUCAUUGACAUUUGGCACGCUGUCCAUCAGCUUCAGAUUAAAUUUCUGAUCCAAGAAUGUGAAAAUUUUGUCAUCAGACAUUUGUCGUUGGACAAUUACGAAGAAAUUUUCCACUGUGCCAAGCUGUUGAGCCCUUUCUUUGUGUUGGACAGUGUCUGGGGUUUCAUUAAAAAAACAUACGAAGAGUUCACCAAAAGCGAUAUUUUCCUGGGACUUUCGUUUGGAGAAAUCCAUCAGUUAAUUGGCGGACAAGAUCUGGUGGUGAAAUCUGAGGAUAUUGUGCUGGACUCCAUCCUUCGGUGGGUGGAAUUCGGAGAUAAAAAGAUAAACCAACUUCUUGAUGAAUGUGUUUCCAAAGAAAUUGUUACCAGAAAAUGUGAGUUGUCCUCAGACGAACUGUCUGACCCAUCACUGUUUUCAGGCAGCGAGGAACAGAAACAGAAAAAAAGAAGAAACAAAAAACAAAAAAUUCUUUUGGACAAGGACCGAAAUAACCAAGAAUCAGGUCAGGAAUCACGUGACUCAACAAAAGAAAUGAAUUCCUUGAAAACAGGAAAUGACGAAAUGCAAUCUUGUCCAAUCGAAACGUUUAACAGAUCGAUAAAAUUAGUAGAUCUACUUUCCACUGCUAGAACAUGUUUGGCGAGCACAGAUUGUCUAGAGAAGAUGUUGUUUGAAAAGAUUUUCACAGAAAACAGAGAAGCCAGG